AUGUCAAAGGCAGAAAUAGUAGUUCUUGAUUUCUGGGCAAGCCCUUUCUGCAUGAGAGUGAAAAUUGCACUGAAUGAAAAAGGAGUGAGUUAUGAAGCAAAAGAAGAGGAUUUAUUUGGUGGGAAAAGUGAGUUGUUGCUCAAAUCAAACCCGGUCUACCAAAAGGUUCCUGUGUUUCUGCAUGAUGAGAAGCCAUUGAGUGAGUCUACUGUGAUCGUCGGCUAUAUUGAUGAGACUUGGCCUACACCUGCCUUGCUCCCUCCUUCUCCUUAUGCACGUGCUCAAGCUCGCUUCUGGGCUGAUUACGUCGACAAAAAGGUAUUUGAUGCACUCGGCAAAAUUUGGAGGAACAAAGCAGAGGCUGCAGAGGCAGGAAAAAUAGAGUUGAUAGAGAUAGUUAAGGUACUGGAAGGAGCCCUUGGAGAUGCUGAUUUCUUCGGAGGUGAAACUUUUGGUUAUGUUGAUCUCAUAACCAUCCCUCUAACUUCUUGGUUUUUGGCCGUUGAGAAAUUGGCUAAUUUUUCUGUUGAAAUUGAGUGCCCUAAAUUUGGUGCUUGGAUCAAAAGGUGCUUGAAAAGAGAAAGUGUGUCCAAGAUCAUCCCUGAUCCUGAGAAGGUUUAUGAAUUUGUUGUCAUGGCCAGGAAGAUGUAUGGAAUUGAUUAA